AUGGCACCCACAGCUCCGUUCAACCCCCCUUCAGCCGACCUCCCUGGCAAGCCUUUCGUCCCAGAAUGGGUUCCGCCUCCUGUCACCCAAGAAAAGCACAACUUUGCUGAGCUCAAGUCAAUUGAUCUGUCACUUCUUGACUCGGAUGAUCCAGCUGUCGUUGACAACCUUGUCCAGCAGGUCAAGGUUGCUAUCCGCGACGAUGGCUUCUUGUUCCUCGAGAACUAUGGAGUUUCCCUUGAGCAGUUGCACCGCCAGUUCGCUCUUGCUCAAUAUCUAUAUAACAACAUAAGCGAGGAGGACAAGGAGCGUCUGCUUUUCAACCCCGACAGCGGCAAGUGGUCAGGCUACAAGCAUCCGUAUGGAUUCAAGCGCCACCGUGGCCCCGCAGAUGGCAUCGAACAAUUCAACUGGUACAAGGACGACUGGGAGUCUCUCGAUCGCGUACCGAAAUGCCUGCACCCUUUCAUGGACGAGAUUGAGGCCUUCAGCAACUACCUCACCAAAUCUGUCAACUACCGGCUUCUGACCGUCCUCUCGCGCGUGUUGGAGCUACCGGAUGACUACCUGUGGAACAACGUACAAUCCCAUGGCAGCCCAACUGGAGAGGGGUAUUUCCGCCAUGCCCUCUUCCGCCCGGUACAGAAACAAACACAGGAGGCAUCCAAGGGUCUUCGCAUGCACGGUCACACUGACUUCGGUCUGACUACACUGCUUUUUUCUGUUCCUAUCUCAUGCCUGCAGAUCUGGGGCCGCGAUGAACAAUGGCACUAUGUUCCCUACAAGCCCGGGGCCCUCGUCAUCAACAUCGGAGAUACCCUCGAAAUUGUCUCGGGCGGCCACUUCAAGGCCACUCGUCAUCGUGUCUUCAAGCCCCCUGUCGACCAAUUGAACGAAGAGCGUCUUUCGCUGGUUCUCUUUAACAGCUCCAUUGGAGAUUUACGCAUGGCACCUGCACAAGAAUCAAAACUGAUCCAACGCGAGGGUUGCAUUGAGGAGCAAGGAGUCUACAAGGAGUUUAAGAAGCUUACAUCUCAGGGCAAUGUCGUGCCUACCAAUCGCCAAUGGCGCGAGAUCCAGAUCAGUACUUGCACUGACCCAACUGAUACUGUCAACAACAGAGUUGGUGCUCACCAGGUGCUCAUCGAUGGCAAGAUCAUGCAUCAACGGGAGUAUAUGGGGGUCAAGGUUGUUCUACCGGUAUGA